AAAUAACCUGGAAAAGAUGUGGAGGAGCCUGUGCAAACCUUACACGUCCCUGGCUCUACUUGGACUCUGCUUUGCAAUGGUCGUCAGAUCUCUGCCUUUCUCUGAUGCAGGGCCACAUGUGAACUAUGGCUGGGGGGAACCUAUUAGAUUAAGGCACCUAUACACGGCCAGCAAACAUGGUCUGUUCAGUUACUUCCUCAGGAUCAACAAUGAUGGCAAAGUGGAUGGCACCAGCAUUCAGAGUCCCCACAGUCUGCUGGAAAUCAGGGCUGUGGCAGUUCGCACGGUGGCGAUCAAGGGCGUCCACAGUUCCCGGUACCUCUGCAUGGAAGAAGACGGGAAGCUGCAUGGACUUCUCAGGUAUGCUGCAGAAGAUUGCUCCUUUGAAGAGGAGAUACGCCCAGACGGCUACAAUGUAUAUAAAUCAAAGAAAUAUGGAGUCUCUGUGUCUUUAAGUAGUGCCAAACAAAGACAACAAUUCAAAGGGAAAGACUUUCUUCCAUUGUCUCACUUCUUACCUAUGAUCAACACUGUGCCUAUAGAGUCAAUGGAUUUUGUGGAAUAUGGUGAUUAUAGUCAUACUUUUGAAUCAGAUGUAUUCUCUUCACCUCUUGAAACUGACAGCAUGGACCCCUUUGGAAUCACCUCUAAAAUAUCUCCAGUGAAGAGCCCCAGCUUUCAGAAAUAACUAAUGCUCCUGACUUUAAAUAUGGUUUUAAAGAAACAAUACCAGAACCAGGUUGUUAUUUAGC